UCAGAAAUUAAGCACUACUAAUUUUAAUCUACCACAGGUUUUUUUGUAAGCUUUAACACACUUACAAUAUAUAAACGCUUGUAGGUUUUCACGUGGAUCGUAAGUACUAAGCAGCACGUCAUAAUUGCUAGCUUGGUUCGAGAGAGAGAGAGACAGAGACAGAGAGAGCUCUGAGAGAGAAGUACAAGAGUAAAGAGAUAUAUAUAAGAGCUUUCCGGACGCUUAAUAUAUAGAUUAUGAGAAAAUGAUCAGUUGGAAAUAUAAGGGAGGGCUGCUUCUCAUAGUUAUGGUUGUGAUCAUGUGGGUUACUUCUGCAGAGGUUACACAGGGUGUGUACACAGAAUACAAUCAUCCUUUUGCAGUGGCAUAUCUUGCAACUUCUCUGUUCGUAGUUCAUCUUCCAAUAGCUUUCAUUAAGGAUUGGUUAAUAGGAAUACUCAUGAGAUGCUACUGCCGUAAAAGUGAAGAUGGUGCAGAUCAAAACGUGGAUGAGGAGUCAGCUGCAGAACUCGAUGCUCCCGCAAAACACAAUGGGUUGCAUAGUGCGUUUGAAAUUGAACAUCAGGAACCGUUGGGGAAUGAAUGCUCUUGUACAUACAUUUACUCUGAAAACGUCAAGCUGUUAGUUUCUGAAUCCACAAAUAAGAUUGACAUAGUAAAGGAAGAAAGAAACAUUACCACUAGGGAAAUAGCCAAGUUUGGAUUUUACGUUGCUCCUCUCUGGUUUAUGACCGAGUAUCUAACAGAUGCUGCACUCGCACGAACAACAGUUGCCAGUACAACAUUGUUGUCUUCAACUUCAGCACCUUUUACGCUUCUCAUUGGUGCAUGUCUUGGUCAGGACUCUAUUAAUUUAGUAAAAGCAAUCGCUGUUGUUGUCAGCAUGGCAGGUGUUGUCAUGACAGCCUUUGGGAAGACUUCAACUGCAGAUGAAACACAAAAUGGGAAGCACUCUCUUCUGGGCGAUCUUUUUGCCAUUCUCUCGUCCUUUACUUAUGGACUAUUUACCGUGCUGCUUAAAAAGUUUGCAGGAGGUGGUGAAAGGGUAGAUAUGCAAAAGUUAUUUGGCUUUAUUGGAUUGUUCACGCUUCUUGUUCUUUGGUGGCUCGUGUGGCCUAUGACUGCCAUGGGCAUGGAACCCAAGUUCAGAUUUCCCACCUCUGCCAAAGUGGAAGAAGUUAUUCUUGUCAAUGGUUUUAUUGGAAGCUUUCUCUCUGAUUAUUUUUGGGCCUUAGCUGUUGUUUGGACCUCACCGCUGAUAGCAGCACUAGGUGCUUCGCUUACGAUACCUCUUGGGAUGAUGGAGGACAUGCUGAUCCAUGGACAGCAUUAUUCAAUCAUUUAUGUUAUCGGUUCAGCUCAGGUAUUCCUUGGAUUUGUAGUAGCUAACCUUUCAGAUUGGUGCAUACACAAGUGGAAUAAUAGAUCUUGAUUCACACCAGGAAAAUGUUGCAUUAUCUCCUUUUUCUCUCCUUGGACCAUUCUUUCUUAAAUUUGAUGAUGUACCGCCUAUGAACUAUGUACAUCUUUUCUUUUCGGUCUGUGUAUUGUAGGCAUUAUGAAAGAAAGUUAAUUGUUGACUAAAUGUAAAAUAAAACAGGACUGGCUGUUCAUGUACUUGGCUUGUUUUACAAAGUCAUGACUCCAAAUAUAGUAUAAUUAAAUCAAUAAGAUUUUGUUAAAAGGUUUUA